AAAGGGCGCGGUGCCUGGAGUUCGGCUGCGAUUCGGUGACGGGGAGGCGCGGGCGGUGGAACAGCCAUGGCUCCCUGCAAGAUAUUGAGUGUCGUGUUGGUGGGCGUGGUCAGCCUCGUUGGCGGCGACGGACUCGGGGAAUAUGGCGCACCUUCGCUCCUCCCACUCCCCGAGGAUCAGGUCUCCGUUAGUGCCAAAACCUCCUCGCGAAGUUCAGAGUGCCCGUGCACCUACGAUGCAACUUAUUUUGACCUGAAUUGCAACAGCUUACAACUCAGAAAAAUUCCCGUUGAAUGCUUCACGAUGUACCCUCAAACAAAGGGAGUACAGUUACUCAAUAAUACUGUGACAGAAAUCCUGGAAGCCGAUUUCGAAAUUUUGAACGAGACACUUGAGAGAAUAGAUUUGGGGAUGAAUGAUAUACAUUACAUACAUCCACGAGCAUUUUCAAAACUUGUAAACCUUAGACACCUGAUUUUAUUUAACAAUGCCCUUAAAAGAUUGCCGGAAGAUCUGCUGGUUAACAAUGACCUGUUGUCAGAAUUUUCAGCUUACAACAAUGGCUUACAGGAUCUCCCUUUGUCCUUAUUCAGCCCAAAUGUCAAAGACAAUGACUUGACAGUACUAGUUUAUCCUAAUGAUUUCUACACAGUACCCUGCUCCUUCACAGCCCCCUUCGGAAACGUUCUGCAACAAGACCUUUACAAUUUCACAAGUUUUUGGGCAUCGUCCCAAGAAGAAGCGGCUACCUGCCAGACCUUUGGCCUUUACGCCUAUGUGAGUACUUGUCGACCUUACGGCAGGUCAGGAGUAGACUGUUCGGUCCUUGAUGAGCCUCUGACCUUCAGUAAGGCCGCUAUGGCUGCAAGUUCAGGGCAGACGGAGAUUCAGUUCAGGGCAGAGUUGGCUCCCUUGAUUGGCGAGGCCCCGCAGGCUCUCCAGUGUCUGCCCGAAGGCGUGGACGUGACGGAGACUUACCGCCUGUACUCCCGCCACAGUACGGAACUUGUCAUCGAGACCUUCUUUUUCGAUCUGGUAGAGCUGCCCAGGUACACAUCAGCAGAAACGCAGUCCGUGACUCUCCGAGCUGACACUGUGGUGCUGACAGGGCCACUGAGUCCAAUUACUUUCCCACUCACAAUUAUUGCCCGAAGAAUAGUUCUUGAAAACCCUCUGCUUGUGGCGACCACUCUGUCAGCCCACGCACCUGGAGCUGAUACAAGUUUUUACACGCCCAUGCACACACGAGGGCGGGUUGGCAGCAUGACCGUGGAACAGCUGCAGCAUGGUCUGGUCACGGUCGUCCUGCUCCAAGGUGAUGCUGACCCUCUGGAGGACUGCGAACCGCUCUCGGACUGGACAAGCGAGGCUGAGAGCUGGGUGAAAGCAUCUCAGUUGUGGCUGUCACUCUACUGCGCUAACGCUAUCGUGGAAAGUGAUGAAGCUGCCCACUCAGAGCUCGCUCAUGGCAUCAUAGAUUUCGUGGCCAACAUCACCACAGACUGGCAAGACGCAAGCCUCGUUGGGAUCAACCAAAGGGCUGUGAAAGCCAAGCAGGAACUGGAGAUGAAGCAGCAAAAGCGCUCACCUACACGGAAAGUACCCUACCUGACUGUGCCGGUCUACGCUGAUAUGGUGGGCUACCUGACCGAGAACCUGGAGCUCUACAAGGAUGCCAUGGAUAAGUUGAAGCUCAAGUUAGAAGUGAAUGCCCAGAGGAUGUUCGACACACGAAUCGGCCUCAGCGAGCGGAAGGCGGACCUGGAAGUGAUUCAGUCUAGCGCAGAAUUGGCAGUAGACAAAGCGCAGGCCACCAUGGGUGCGCACGAGAACCAGCUGGAUAACCUGUACCAGCAAACGACCGUGAUGUGGAAUACAGUAACAAUAACUCACAAUUCGGUUGAGGAGAGCAAGGCAGAAGUUGAAGCCGCUGAGGAGAGGGUCAAGAAGGGCUUAGAGGCCUACAAGAGGCGCAGGCGUUUCUUGACUUUCCUCGACUAUGCUUCCUUGGUCACCAUCACCGUGAAAGGGGGCUUAGACGUAUCUAAAAACAUCACAAAUAUAACCGAUUUCGCCAUCGAUACCGUUAUGAAUGUUGGGGACUUCAUAGGCAGCUGGGCAGGCCACGAGAGUGAAAUCGGCAGUAUGAUCAUAUCUCUGGGUGAGCUUAUGAACCAAGUGAAUGCCAUCGUGGCUCUGGCUCCUCCCGUACCUCCGUCCAGCGAAGACAUGGCAGUGUGGCUGGACACCUUCAAGGACACAGAGGAGAUCAUAGAAGUUGUAACUAACCAGACGGUAGGGCGGCUGCAGUGGCAAGAAGCCCGCGACACGUGCGGCAUUGUUUUGGAUGAUGAGGAACUGUCCGACGCAGUGGACGGCGUGAGGCAGCUAAAGAUGGCUAUAUUCGACCUCAUAGUCAAGAGCGAGUCACUCAGUGAGCACAUCAGAGUGUUUGCAAACCUCAUCAUAUCCAUCAACCAGCAAGCAAGCGUUGUGGAGGACGACAUGGCAGCCGUUGCUUCCAGUCAGCAGAGCCUGGCCGAGGCCAACGAACUGCUCAGCGAUGCAUACUUAACAGAGGAAAAUUACCUGGACUACAUGGUAGGCCAGAACGUGGCUCUUGCCAAGCUCAUGGUUCAGCUCUACCUCAAAAACCGGGUGGACCUCAUGGCCGCCUUCAACGUCCUCGGGGAAUACUGCGACGCCUAUUUCUACACAUUCAUGAAGGAGUGUCCUAUCCACGCGUCCUACUGGGAUGACUACGACACGAUGGUCUACAAGCUCAGGCAGCUGGACGUCUUGGCCCUGGACGCCGUGGGAUCUCUCGACCCUCCGCCUCAGCCGUUCGCAAUGACCUUCAAUGUGUUCGACGAGGGGGGCUGCGAGGACCCCGCUGACCCUCGCUGCCCCGUCACGCAGCUGGCCUACACAGGCAUCGCCCACUUGGCCCUGAGUGACUGGUGGGGUCCUGAGCUCGGCUACACGGACCGCGUUCGCAUAGACAGAAUCCGCCUGUACCUGGAGGGGCUUGAUUUGUCUCAGGUGACCCUCUCCGUCACGCGACCCAUGGCCUUCAACGACACGUGGCACGGGGUCACCCACCACUUCACGGGCCACGUGACCAACUGCCUCAUCAUCUACGAGGACCUGAGCUUCACGGGGCACCAGGACGCCGACUACAUCACCGACUGCAGCACCGACCACCACUACGACCAGUACUACUACCGCAGCACCCCCUACGGCGUCUACAAGGUGGUCUGGUCGGACUUCGUGCCAGGGAACAACUACACGGAGCUGAUGGCCCUGCAGGUGCACGUGGAGGGCAGCUGGAUCCCUCGCCUGUGAUCCCGCGUUCCUGCCGAGACCCGCCCUUCGCUCUCGUGUUCCUUCCAAGGCUUAUCCUUCGCUCCCGGGGGUCGAAGGAGCCUCAGUGUCCCGGCCCCCCGUCCGUGUGCGUCGGGAGGGCUUCUGUCCUGCGGCUCCACGAGUCGGUGUAUUCCAUUUGAUGUAAUAAACAAAGAGACUUG